CUGCUGGAUGUCUGAGAGGCUGAGAGAGGAGGCACACAUGUUCGAUUCCCACCGAACCGACGCGUGGGAGAAGUCCUCCGCUGAUGACAUUCGUAACAGAUGCUGGCUUUAGAACACGCUCUGGGAUCGACUGGACGUGGCUGCUCUCUUUCUACGUCAUCUCCCAGCGACAGCGGAAACCUCCACAUGUAAACAUCUCGCGUCUUUUUUUUUUUGAAGAUUUGGCUCAAAUGGCGCCGACAGAUCGUAAAAUGAAGAAUAAAAAGUUUACAGGGAAAGAUGGGAGCUGGAAGAAAUCUAACAGCGGCGUGCAGGGGGUGAAGAAGAAGAAAUGGACCCCAGACCACAAAGUGUUCGAAGGCAGCGUCAAUGAAGGUCAAGGGUUUGCCUUCAAGAGGAAGGAGAAAGUCAGACACGAGUACAACAAGCUGCUGCGGAAGGAUAGGAAGAGGAACCCCGAGUCCAAGCAGCUGUACCAGGAGGAGUACCCAGAACAUCUCAGACAUCUGUACCAGGCCGAGGCACAGAAACUCAAACAGGAGGCCUGGACCAACAGGGUCAACAGGAGUAAGCAGAGGAUGAAGGGGAAGGAGAGAGAAGAAGAAACUGAUGAAGAUGAUGAUGCAAAAGAGACGAAAGCUGCAGAUCCAGAUCCAGAAGUUACUGUUGGAUCUGAGCCAACAGAUUCUGUGACUGGGGACGCUGAGCAGUCUGCAGCCGCAGAGAAAGAGAGUCUCCCAAUGAGCAACCGCAUGAGGAAGAAAAUACAGAAUAAGACGUCGUACCAGAAGACAAAAGAGGAAUUUGAGAAAAUCAAAGAAAAGCGGAGGCAAAAGAAAGGGGAGUACUUGAAGAACAAGCAGCAGAGAGAAGAAGCCAUUCAAAAGUACAAACAGAAAAAGUUGGAGACGUUUCAGAUGCUGAGCAAGAAGACAAAGAAGGGGCAACCGAAUCUGAACCUGCAGAUGGAAUAUUUACUUCAGAAGAUACAGAGAACUGAGAAAUGAGUCUGGGAGCGAUUGAACUGAAGAACUUUCCUGUAUCUGACUGUUUUCAAAAACCUGAUGUGGUGCAUCAGGAUUCUUUCACACAUGAUUCACAUGUCGAGUGAUAAUCUGAUCUCAGACUGAUUUGCUCCUUCACGAGGGGCUGUUUCAUUUCAUCUGUGCUUUUUCUGUUAUAUUAUGAUUUUUUUUGUAUUUUGCUCUGGAAAAUGUUGAGGCCCAUUUCAUCCUCACACCACAAGAUGGCGUUGUAAUACAUGAACCGAUGGAAGAACAUACACGUGUAAGAAGACAUUCAUUAAAAGUUAUAUUCACAAG